AUGUUCAAAACCCGAAAAGUGGACGAAUUUGGCGGACAGACGGGUAAUGAUGAACAGAGCGAAGACGUGGUGAUCACCGAAGAGAAGAUUGUCGGCGACGACGGCGUCGAGAGGACUAUCAUUAAGAAGACAACCACUCGUCGAUCGGUUCAGACCCAGAAUGUAACCCAAGGGGCGAGAGUUACGACAGUUAAGAGGACAGUCACCGACAGUAAUGGUCGACAGAUUACCCACGAGUUUAAAUCGGAUGACUUUAAAGGUUUGGACGAUUUUAAACACUUGGGUAUUGAUAAUAAGGAGGCGCUGCCCAUCGAGAACCGCAAGUCAAGGUCCGGCUCUACCUCUUCUUCCUCGUCGUCGGACGACGGCAUCAAAGAUAGGAUUAAAUCGUUUUUUGGCGGAAAAUCAAAGGAUAAGUCAAAGGAGAAGAAGGAUGAGAAACACUCCGCCAUUAAAGACAAGUCGGAGCCCUCGUCGCCGACCCAUACGUCUCACGACACGCCCUCUUCUCAUCCAACAGACGACGACAAAGAGUUUGCCGAAGAGUGUCUCAAAUGGCAUAACUAUUAUCGCGAGAAACACGGCGUCAAACCAUUGAAACUCUCUCAUAAAUUGUGCGAAUACGCGGAGGAAUGGGCUAAAGAGAUCGCGAAGAAGGACUCUCUUGAACACCGACCACAUAAUACUUACGGCGAGAAUAUAUUCAUGAAGUGGUCGUCUAAUCCCCACUUCAAGAUCGCAGGUAGGGAUCCGGUGGACAACUGGUACGCGGAGAUCAAAGACCACACAUUUGGCAGAGAGCCCACAUCAUUAGCAUCGGGUCAUUUCACGCAAGUCGUAUGGAAAGAGAGCGAAGAGUUAGGUGUGGCUAAAGCCCGGACCAAAACAGGCAAGAUUGUAGUGGUGGCCAACUAUAACCCGGCGGGCAAUAUGUUGGGCGACUUCGCGACCAACGUUCUCCCCGCCAAACAUUGAUAUUAUUAUAUAUAGUCUAAUAUUAAUAACAUUGUUAUUAUUAUUAUUAUUAUUAAAAAGUCUAAUCAAAUGAUAAAAUUCCACACAUUUAGCGAUAAAGUAAUUGAGAUGAAGAUUAUAAACAUACAUAUCAACGAAAUUUACAAAUAAUUCCAUAUAUACUAUGAAAAACACUAAUAAAAAGUGUUUAAUUUGUUAUUUAAUGAAAUGAUUUAUUAAUUAUAUUAUAAAAUGUUAUAAAUUAUAUGAAUUUAUUGCCAACAAUAAAAACAAUCCGUUUUUUCUAGAUAUAAAAUCAUAAA